CUCUCCAUCUCUCCGUCUUGUCCAUCCUCAACAACCACACCACAACCACCACAACCACCACAACCAGCAAACAAUCUCAACCCAAGAACAACACCUUCCUACAAAGAAAGACACAAAGAAACAACCAAAAACCGCACAGACAAAGAAAAGAAGACAAAAUGCCCUCCUCCCCACACCCACCACCACCACCACCACCAACAACCAUCGAAGCCGACCUCCUCACCCACCUCGCCAGCACAACCGCCCUCGAAGACAUCCACUCCACCCUCCUCUCCACCCUCCAAAGAACCGGCUGGACCGAACGCAUCCGCAAACUCGCCACGGAGCUCCUCCGCGCCGGGCGCUGCGAGCGCUUCGACGAGGUCGUCGACGCGGUCGUCGCUACGGCCGAGGGCCGAAUACCGUCGUCUUCUUCCCUAUUUCUCGACGACCAGAACUACGCCCAUAGCCAAAAAUACGACCACGAUAAUGAGACGGAGAAUGGAGGAGGUGGGGGAGGGGAAGACAUCGACGUGCGCAUCCCGUCGGCUGUCGUUGAGCAGGGCGUGCGCGCGAUCAAGGAAGUCCUGCGCGAGGUCGCUGUCCGAGACGACGAGUCGGAUUUGCUAGAUGGGUCGGAGGAUGGGUCGUCGGGGUCGGAGCCGUCGGGCAAGGGUAAGCGCGAGGAGACGUCUGGUAGAGGGAAUGGGAAUGGGAAUUCGUUUGAGGGGACAUCUGGGAGGGAGAAGAAGAAGGGGAAGGGGAAGAGUGGGAGGUAAUCUUUUCUUUCUUUUCUUCUCUUUCUCUUCUUUUCUUUCUUCCUUCCUUUCUUUACUUUUGACAUUAGUACGAUUUUAAUACUGUUGUUCUACUGUAUAUUACUUAUAUUACUCAAAUCUGAGAAUGGA